AUGUGCAAGUCAUUUGGUGCGACGCUGACAGGCCCUGCCCUCAAGUGGCUCGGCAAACUUAAACCAGGUAGUAUAACUAGUUUUGCUAUGUUAGUUAACAAAUUCUAUUCCCAUUUUGAAAGUAGCAGGCAGUUCGACAAGCAGACAAGCGAUCUGUAUCGGAUCGUCCAGGGUCCUAAGGAGACCAUCAGAGCUUAUUGGUCCCGAUUCAACAAAGAGAAAGUCUCAAUCAAGAAUGUCGACAAUAGGACUGCCAUUGAAGCCUUCCUCCGCGGACUGCAUACAGACUCGGAUCUGUAUAAAGAUAUGAUCAAAUAUCCAUGUUCAACGUUCGAAGAAGUUCGGACCAGAGCCGUGGCUCAAAUGCGCUUCGACGAAGAUAUCGCCAAUCGCAGUUCCUAUCCAAGUUCCAGAAGCUCGUCCGAUCGGAAAGUCGCUAGCAACCCAAGAGGAUCGUGGCGACAUCAGCCUUACGAGGCAACAGGUAGAUCACGUUCUAUUAAUGCUGUGCAGUUAGAAGAUAUCCUCGACGCCCCCCAAUACCCCGAGAUAUCGGAAUAUGGCUUCGAAGUGAACAUCGUAGCGGUAGUAAAAGAAUUGGAGCCCUUGGGAAACAAAGUGCGUUGGCCGUCAAAGAGUAACAAGCCAGAAUCAGAGAAAGAUAUGAGCAAAUGGUGCGAGUUUCAUAGCGAUCAUGGCCAUAAGACGGAAGACUGCUAUGCCUUGCGAAGAGAAGUCGCCUUCCUGCUGAAGAGAGGUAACCUCAAGCAUCUACUAGGGAAAAAGAAAAGCAAUGAUGCAGGUCGCCGUGAGCCAGAAAAGACGACGACAGCCGGACCUCCCAAGCCCCCUGUACCUAAGGUAAUAGUUAAUGUUAUCACUGGUGGUUCCGAUAUUUGUGGACUAACCUAUUCUGCAGCAAAAAGGAUCGCAAAGUCGACAAUAGAAAAUACAGAUGUCCCGGACGAGAUUAGAGACCCCCUGGAAAAGAAGCUAGAAGCAAUGUCGAUUACUUUCGAUGAUGACGACGUCAACAACAUCAACAGAGAACAUGAAGAUUCUUUGGUAAUUUCUUUGGUCGUCGGGAAUUGUCUGCUUCGAAGGGUGCUGGUCGACGGAGGAAGCUCCGCAAAUGUCCUGUUUAGAAGGGCCAUGGAAGAUAUGGGGUUAAAGGAUAGCGACAUCACCAGAAGGUCGACAACUCUGGUUGGUUUCAGUGGAGAAAGCAUGUCAACUCUCGGAGAUAUAACCCUUCCAACUUAUGCAGGAGGCCUAAACCCUCAAACCAAAUUCAACAUCGUCGACUGCCCAUCAGCCUAUAACGCCAUAUUAGGACGGCCCUGGAUUCACCGAUUGAAAUCCAUUCCUUCCACCUACCACCAAUCAAUCAAAUUUCCUACCCCAUAG